AUGGCUAGUCUCCUCAAGACCAUCAGGCCACCUCGGCUACGACCCCGCAUUUCGGCUUGCUCCACGUCCCCCACACUCCGGAGGCCGACUGCUCCGCUCCCUCUAAUUCACAUGCUCAAGCCGACGGUUCAAAUCUCACAGAGAGCAUUCGGUACGCAGAAGCCGGGCCCGAAUCCGAGUCCGGGCCCGAAUAACGGCCAAGAAAUCAGUCAUGAGAUGCCAAAGAUAAGUUGGAAGGAUCUUGGAGCUUCGCGAACGGUUAAAAUCGUCGUCAUUGUUGCCUUGAGCAUAGUCGGUACGAUGGAAACAAUAUUUUACGCCAAGUUAUUCAUGAGGAAAUUCUUUCCCGGCGAAGAGAAACCUGUAGAGGACGGCGAGUCGGCCGUAGAGGACGCGAAGAGUACAUGA